AGCCACAACCUCUGAGUGCUGGAGUCCUCCAACACGGGCCACGAGACGACGCAUUUUAGCUGUCUUUCUCUCAUACAUUUGCUGAAGUUUGUAACUAUAGACGUAUCUUUUUUUAAAUUGAGGAGGCUAAAUGCAACGCUCGGUUGUGUGAACGUUAACUGCGUUAGCAAAGCUGACGUCACAUCGAGCAGAGGGCUGAGGGACGUGCAUAGCUAGCUAGCUAGCUAGGUUAAAGAGUUAGCUCUAGCUGUCUUGUUUACUAGUUAAAGUUGGUGUCCUUCUACGUUAACUAGUAGCUAUAACUAGGUAGUUAGCAGCUCGUUUGGGGAUUGUUAGCACUACCGCCAUGUUUAUCUACCUCAGCAAGAAGAUCGCUAUCCCCAACAAUAUCCAUCUGAAAUGUGUCUCCUGGAACAAAGACCAAGGCUUCAUUGCCUGCGGAGGAGACGACGGUCUCCUCAAGGUGCUCAAGCUCGAAACUCAGACAGAUGAUGUUAAAAUUAAAGGUCUUGCUGCGCCCAGUAAUCUGUCAAUGAACCAGACUCUCGACGGACACAGUGGCGCAGUACAAGUGGUCACGUGGAACGAACAGUAUGAAAAGCUGACAACCAGUGACCAGAACGGACUCAUCAUUGUAUGGAUGCUCUACAAAGGUGCAUGGUACGAGGAGAUGAUCAACAACCGGAACAAGUCGGUGGUGAGGAGCAUGAGUUGGAACACCGACGGUCAGAAGAUCUGCAUUGUGUAUGAAGACGGAGCGGUCAUCGUUGGAUCUGUAGAUGGAAAUCGGAUUUGGGGGAAGGAGCUAAAGGGAAAUCAGCUGGCUCAUGUGGCGUGGUCGCCAGACAGCAAGAUCCUCCUCUUUGGCAUGGCCAACGGGGAAGUACACAUCUAUGACAAUCAGGGAAACUUAAUCAUAAAAAUGGCCAUCAGCUGUCUCGCCAAUGCGACCGGAGCCAUCAGUAUAGCAGGUAUCCACUGGUAUGCAGGAACCGGGGGUUACGUUGAACCAGACUGCCCGUGUCUUGCCAUCUGUUUUGACAACGGGAGAUGCCAGGUCAUGCGCUACGAGAGCGAUGAAAACCCGGUGUGCAUCGACACUCUGAUGAGCGUGGUCAGCAUCCAGUGGAAUCAUUGCGGCAGCGUUCUGGCGGUAGCGGGUUCCCUCAGAGCCUCACAUCUGGAGAAAGAGAUCAAUGUCGUGCAGUUCUACACGCCAUUUGGAGAGCAUCUGAGAACUCUCAAAGUGCCUGGGAAGCAGAUGACAGGAGUUGGCUGGGAGGGAGGAGGGCUGCGCAUUGGUCUGGCCGUGGACUCCUACAUCUACUUUGCCAACAUAAGACCAGACUACAAGUGGGGCUACUGCUGCAGCACUGUGGUGUAUGCCUACACGAAGCCAGAGCGCCAAGAGUACUGCGUGGUAUUCUGGGACACUAAAAACAACGAGAAGUUUGUCAAAUAUGUCAAGAGCUUGAUGUCCAUCACCACCUCAGGGGACUUCUGCAUCCUAGCCAGCAAAGCAGAUGACACGCAGCCUCAGGAGGAUGCCGAGUUAGAGUCUGGGAGUCAUGCAAGGUACGUCCUGAUCCUGUGCAACUCCCUCGGGACUCCACUGGACUCAAAAUACAUUGACAUCGAUCCGCUGUUUGUCACCAUGACCAAGACGCACGUGAUCGCCGCCUCCAAGCAGGCCUUCUACUUGUGGCAGUACAGAGUGGCAAAGAAACUAACCGCCCUGGAGAUCAACCAAGUGACCAGAACUAAGAAGGAGGGAAGAGAGAGGGUCUAUCACAUUGACAGCAAUCCAUCUGCGGCCAGCGACAGCAGUCCAGAUUUUGCAAAAGCUUUCACAGCGACUCGAGAUCCCAUUUGUUGUAUUACAGCAACAGAUAAAACUCUGAUGGUGGGCCGCGAGUCUGGUACCGUCCAUAGAUACAGCCUCCCAAAUGUUGUUCUCCUCCACAAAUACAUGUUGAACAACAGAGCCUUCUAUCUGUCCUUGAAUUGCAACUCCAGCCGUCUGGCCACAAUCGACAUUGCGGGCGUGCUGACCUUGUUGGACCUGGACGUCCGCGUCUCCGGAGACGACGGCUCAGGAAACCCGGCGUCUGCAGGAGAUCCGUCCAAGUUUGAGCGCAAGGAUGUUUGGGACAUGAAGUGGGCGCACGACAAUCCUGAUCUGUUUGCCAUGAUGGAGAAGACGAGGAUGUACGUCUUCAGGAACCUCGACCCAGAGGAACCCAUCCAAACUUCUGGCUACAUUUGCAACUUUGAAGACCUGGAAAUCAAAUCUGUUCUGCUCGAUGAAAUCAUGAAGGAUCCAGAGAGGCCGAACAAAGACAACCUCAUCAACUUUGAAAUCCGCUCCCUGAGAGACAGCCGAGCGUUGAUUGAGAAAGUGGGAAUUAAAGAUGCCUCGCAGUUCAUUAAAGACAAUCCUCACCCGAGACUCUGGCGUCUUCUGGCUGAGGCGGCUCUCCAGAAACUGGAUCUGAAGGAGGCCGAACAGGCCUUCGUCUGUUGCAAAGACUACCAGGGCAUCGAGUUCGUCAAGCGGCUGGGCAAUCUGCAGAGCGAGCCCAUGAAGCAGGCGGAGGUGGCAACUUACUUCAGCAGGUUUGAGGAAGCUGAGCGGAUGUACCUGGAUAUAGACCGCAGGGACCUGGCCAUCAGCCUGAGAAUCAAGCUGGGAGACUGGUUCAGGGUGCUCCAGCUGCUCAAAACCGGCUCCGGGGACUGUGACGAUGCUCUGCUGGAGCAGGCGUACAACGCUAUCGGAGACUACUUUGCUGACAGGCAGAAGUGGGUGAAUGCAGUGCAGUACUACCUUCAGGGUUGUAACCAGGAGAGGCUGGCGGAAUGCUACUCCAUGUUGGAGGACUACCAGGGCCUUGAGCAGAUGACCGCUCUGCUGCCGGAGAAUCAUCCACUUCUACCGGAUAUCGGGCAAAUGUUUGCCACGGUGGGCAUGUGCGAACAAGCCGUGGAGGCCUACCUGAAGUGCAACCAGCCCAAAGCGGCCGUUGACACCUGCGUCCAUCUGAACCAGUGGAACAAAGCGGUGGAACUCGCCCGGACCCACAACAUGAAGGAGAUCAAAUCUCUUCUCUCCAAAUAUGCGUCGCAUCUUCUGGAGAAGAACAGAACCCUGGAGGCGGUGGAGCUGUACCGGAAGGCCCACUAUUUCCUCGAUGCAGCCAAACUCAUGUUCAAGAUAGCGGAUGAGGAGGCGGAGAAAGGGACCCGACCGCUGCGGGUGAAGAAGCUCUAUGUGCUGGCAGCACGACUGGUUGAGAAUUACCACGAGCAGAUGAAAACGUCCCAGCAGAGCAAAGCCAAAGGGAAGAAGUCUGAGGCGACGUCGGCGCUCGCCGGGCUGCUUGAGGAAGACGCCACCUCGUCAGACGACCGCAUCGUGGACCACGCGUGGCGAGGAGCGGAGGCGUACCACUUCUUCCUGCUCGCCCAGAGGCAGCUGUACGAAGGCUACAUGGAGAACGCCAUGCGCACGGCCCUGCACCUGCGUGAGUAUGAGGACAUCAUCCCGGCGGUGGAGAUCUACUCUCUGCUCGCCGUCUGCGCUGCAGCCAACAGGGCCUUCGGCACGUGCUCGCAGGCCUUCAUCAAGCUGGAGUCCCUGGAGAGCCUGGACCCGGACCAGCGGCAGCCCUACGAGGACUUGGCCCUGGAGAUCUUCACCAAGCACACGCCGAAGGACAACCACGCGAUGGAGCUGGACAGAUCAGAGGGGGCGGAGGGGAAGUUGCCCACCUGCAUCGUGACGGGCCAGCCGAUCCAGGAGUACCAGUUCUGGAUGUGCAGUGUGUGUAAACACUGCGCUCUGGGGCAGGAGAUCUGCAAAUACAACUGCUGCCCACUGUGUCACACUCCUGUGGCAUGAUGCUUCAAAGAGAACUUUAUUUUCACUUUCACGUUUCAAAAGCGUACUUUAACCUGCAUAUAUUAUAUCUUAUCUACUUUAGCUUGAGUCUGUGGAGCACAUGAACCACCCUCGAGCUGCACUUCAACCCGAACUGAAACGUUCCACAAUCUGUCGUGUCCACGGUCACAAUUUAGAUAUUAUGUCUUGUAUAAUCUAGUGAAAUGUUUUUUUUCUCUAACCUUUUUUAAAUGUUGUACAAUACUUGAAUGAACAUAACUGCUUUGUGUACUAUUUUUAUAUGAAAGUGAACCGUGAAUAAAUGUUAUCACGUUAAUGCAACAAUUCAAACCGUA